AUGUCUGUUGGCAGAUUCCUGCAACAGAGAAGCUCCGUGACUGGUCCGUGUGACCCCCCCCCCCCCCUCCCGCAGCAGGAACAAAAAGACAUCUGAGACAUGUGGAUGGGGAGGAAAGUUGAGAGCACUUGGUGAGGCCGCCACAGCGCUCCGGUUUCAUAAGUUCUCUGUGAGCCGAGGCGCGCAGGUUUUUACGCAUCGCAUCCAUUCCUGUCUCUGCCGAGGAAACAGGCAGCGGGUCCUUCUGUGGAGCAGAUAACAAAGUUUACUCUUUUUUUUUUUUCUUUAUCACGUAUUUUCUUAGAUUUUUAUGUCCUAUAAGAAAGAAACAAGUCAACGCGCAUUCAUGGAGGUUCAGAAACAGAGCUGCGUAAACUUGUGACACUGGGAGGCUUUUUUUUCUGCAUUCCUUUAAAUUCCACCUGAUGCGUAAAAAAGGUGGAGAAACUCCGGACUUCUCUGGUUCCGGCGCAGCUCCGCGGACGCGCGCGCCUCCCUCUCUCUCUUCCUCUCCCUGGACUUUCAGAAACCGACCAGAACUCCGUCCUGCUUGGAGCUCCAUCCGCGCCGUGUUGUUAUUUACUCAUUAGACUCCAUUAGAGGCAAGACUGAACAGGUUAGUGGAGGUAAAGAAAGAGGGAGCCUCGCCUGAAAAACUGGCUCCUGUUCAUCCAGCGAUGGUUUGACGUGAGUCACCGGAGCGACACAAGUAGAUUGGGGGGUGCUGAAACACCAAAGAGGGGAAAAGCGCAUUCUGGACGCGCUGAAAGGCGCAGGGAGGCGGCGCCUCGGAUCUUUUUUCGAUGGCUCCUUGCAGCCUGCUUCUGCCUCAGAUGAGACAUUUCGCCGCGGACAGUAGCGAGCCGUGACGCCACGCCGUGAAAACAUGACGCGUCGUAGCGCACGGAGAGCCGCAGGCGUCGGCGGCGGGUUUCCUGCUCCUUCCGAUGCGCACCGGGAGCGGAUUUCCCACGGGACAGCUGGUGGGACCAGAUGGAGGGUUUGGAGAAAGGAUAGACACAUUUCUUCUGUCAUGUCAGCAAAGGCUAAGGUGCUGCUCUGGGUGCUCAUCUCUUUGCUGCCUCUUGUGGAAGGAGCUCACAUGAGAGCCCCCACUGCUGCUGCCGCUGCCUCAGACUUAAAGCAUGCUGCAGGCCUCCUGGAGGCGCAGGAGGAGAGAGAGUUCCCAGUGACGCUGCCAGAGGUGGUGGAGGAUAAGGAGCAGGAGGAGGACAGCGACACCUACCCUACAUGGCAUGCUCUAUAUGAGCCCUUCGUUAUGGAGGAGAUGGAUGAUCAUCCCAUCGUCCGCUGGGCAGGGCGCUCCCCACGCUCCUCUGACCCCACGGAGCCUCAGCCCAAGGGAUCACAGAAGAAGAAAAAGAAACGAAAGAAGAAAGAAGAGGAGGAAGGUGAAGAGACCGGAAAAGCAGAUAGAAGAGGGAAAGGAAGAAGCAAACAACCGAAACAGAGCAGCAGGGACUGCCGGGUGGAGAAGAAAGAGAUGAAGGUCCGGGACCUUGGACUUGGAUUCGACUCCGACGAAAUUGUCCUUUUUAAGUUCUGCGUGGGCUCCUGCCAGAGCUCGAGAACAAACUACGACCUGGCGCUGAACGCACUGCUAGAAAACGGCUCGCUGCCUCGCCGCACUGCCCGUAAGGUCAGCAGGAACCCGUGCUGCCGGCCCGACCGGUACGAGCCGGUUUCCUUCAUGGACACCACCACGACGUGGAGGACCAUCCAGUCGCUCUCGGCUGCCAGUUGCAUGUGCAUCGGCUGAAACGCGCGGCCCAAACGAGCUGCAGCGACGCUCGGCGUUCUGUGGAUUUAAACUACGACCAGAGGGAAGCUGCGUCCCUCACCGAGCAUAGGAAGUUAUAGAGGCCUUUCUCUGGGUGCAGCUGGACAUUAAGGAGCUUAAAUCUUGUCUCACCUUUGUGUCCGACGCAGGAUUUAGGGCCCUCCGGGGGCCCUGGAACUCCUCCGACAAAACAACUCCUAUCUAAACAUGUUUUGGUUUUCUGUGGGAGAGACCUGACGGCUGAAGCUGAAGAGAUAAAAAAAAAAGCCUAGUUAAAGGAGAGACGGUGUGUUUAUACUGUAACUUUAACUAAACACACAGAUAGGACACUCACUGCAAACAGUGAAGCCAAAGAUUCCCAACAGUCUUUUCUGUCCCCUCCCCCCCAUUCACACAAACAGGGACCUCACCCCGUAUCUUCCUCUAUACGUUCAGGUGAACUCAGCCUAAUGGAUGCCAUGCAUCUUCCUGUAUUACUGUGUAAGAGUAACAUAUAUUUAUUACUGAUAAAUUAUUUAUUUAUUAUGGCUUCAUAUGAGAGCUGUUUUUUAUAAACGGUAUAAUGUAGAUACAAAUAUAUUUAUUUAUUGCCAAGAUUUCACAUUUCACUUCCACAGCUGCUUUUGUUGGAUUCCUCUCAAAUUAAAAACUAAACUAAACAAACAGCUAGUUUAUCUGUAGGUAUUGUCUUUUUUGUGCAGAUUAACCCAAACCAUCAAUCUGUAAAUUAUCCUCUGGCUAUUAUCUCGAUGUUUACCUAAGAACAGCCCCUUGGUUGUGAUUCUGGUUUGUAGGCAUGGGCCGGUAGACGACGCUGACAGCAUGGUGACACAAAGAAACAAUAAUAAACUUUUAUAGUAUUGACACAAACAUUGAAAGCAACACUCUGUAACUUUUGAUCCAACUUUUAGAUUAAUUUGAGACAUAUUCCAUGAUUUUUACAGGUCAAUUUUUAGUACUUUAGCAGAAAAAUUUUUGUUUUACGCUAAAAAUAAGAGUGUGUACUGAAAAAUUACUUUUUUUAAUUCAAUUCAGUUUAUUUCUCUUGCUCCAAUUCACAGCACAUGUCAUCUCAAGGCACUUUACAGUUCAAACAGAUCAUUCAGUCAAAUUUAUUUUAAAUUUUCUAAGGAAAACCAGCUGAUUGCAUCGACUCAUUGACUCUUCAGCAAUCCCUCACUAUAGUACAUUAUUUAGUUUCUUAUAUCAUGUUUAGCCAUGGUAGAGGGUCCAAAGAGCCACAUGCGGGUCCGGAUCCGCCGGUGGCAGACCCCUGGUCUAAAGUAUUCUUGCUAUAUGUGGGGAGUGUUGGCCUAGUGGUUAGAGCAGUGGCUCUGAGAAGGUUGCAAGUACCCGGUUUGAUCCCCA